CCGAAACAAGGCCUAAUCGUGUGACUGAGAUGUGAAUGUGAUGUGCUUUGGAAACUAAACUUUAAACUUAUUAUUUAUUAUCCAGAUCGAGUGACUGAAUAAUUAUUGAAACUAACCAUGUUCGAACUACAUACAUCCUUUGAUCUGCUGUUGUCAAUUUCACAAUUUAUUUUUAAAUAUAGGCAGUCAAAAGGAAUAGCAGAUUCACUUAUUACACCUCGAAUAAUAAACCAAGAAAAAAGUGGUGCAAUAUUGUUUGUGUGGAAUGAUACUGAUCCUAAAGAUAAGAAUUUGUUAGUUGUUACAAACUUUGGAAUAUAUGAACCAGAAACGCAAACUCAUUCGUUUAUUUACUCCUAUGACAAGAAAGUUAAGGUUGUGUCAUGUUCCUUGAACCAGGAGAGAACACUUUUAGCUUUCAGCAUUGUGAAACCUCAGCAGUUUCCAAAUGAGAAAAAACAGAAAGUUGUGUACCAAGCAUUCCUGGCUGAGCUCCAGUCAGUGGACAACAUCGUGUUCUCUCUGAACAUGGAGCGCACAACUUUCCUGAAGGUCCAGUUCCUGUACUCCCUCCAGCCCGGUCACUCACACCACAGGGACUCAGAGAUGCUGGUCUUCUUACAUAAGGAAUCCAUCGGGCUGUAUAGAGUUCCAAUGGCCAGAAUAGGGGACAGAGGGAUUAUGAUGAGUGGUCAGCCUAAGACAGAACAAAUUGUCCGCAAGUUUGUCUGGUGCCAGUGGGAUGUCCAGCACCAGCGGCUGCACUACAUCCAGAACGUGAGGGUAGAGAAUGGGAGCGAGGCCGUGCAGCAGAAGAUGACCUCCGUCCAGUUUUAUGACAAGGGGAAGUACGAGAGCAUGAUUGAGAUCCCUAUCAACUUCCCUUUCCCAUACAUCAGAACUGCUGAUAAACCUCAUUAUGGUGACAUCCCCCUACAUCCAGGUAUUCCAGAGCUGGCGCUGAAUGUGGCAGUACUCACCCAGCAAAGUGGGACCUGUUGUCUAUGUUACCACAUGAUGAACCCAGAGGUGAACUCAAGAUCCAGCCAACUCCCUGAGAGUGAUUCACAAGAUGUAGAAUAUUACAUAAGCCUUGUUCACCAUGCCAAAACCUUGAAGUGUUGUGUCUACAACUUGCCCAAGCAUCUAGUAUUACAGAAGAGGCUUGUCUUUUCAUGGUUAGGUAGUUACCUGGUUGUGAUGUUGCCAGGACUGUUUGUGCACCUGUUGAAUGUUGGACCCAGCUUUGAGCCCUGCCAGCACAUCUUGUUACACAACUUUGCACUCAGUAAAGGAUUAUUUGCUGAAGCUGAAAACAGCCAGGAAUUUUCUGUUAAAUUUACUGAGGAUGAAUCUUUAGCAUCCAGGUCUAGCAGUAUAACCCCUCCGAGGGGUCAACGACCUGAGACUUCACACACAAGCCCAGGUCUCCUCAUGUCCAUCCCUGUGUUCUCUGAGUACUGCAGCGCCAUGAAGACCCUGCUGCCAUGCCAGAGUUUUGUGCGGGAGUCUGGUUCUAUUGCCCAGCACCUCUAUGACUACAGAAGUGGGUGUAUCCUGAAACUUGUGCUGAACAUUGACUCCAUGCUGGAGAGUUUCCGCAACGCCUACUGGCAAACACGUCUCGCCAUGCUCCAUUACCUGAUCCUCCACCAUAAAGAUCUUUCAGCCACUAAGAGGUUGUUUGAAGUCCUGUGUGAAAAUUUAGCCAACUCUGAGGUCAACAGCAUGUUUGCUGAAUUUUUAGUGGCUUCAACUUUUGCUGAAAUGAAAAAACAAGUGGACAGAGAGGUUCUCAACCUUCUAGGCUUUACCACAGUGCAAACACUCAGAGGCCAGUUUGAGAAGAACAAUUUAGGUGAACGCCUGGCCCAUAUCUCAUACACAUCAUUAGCCACUGUGGAUGUGAAGAAGAAGUCGGAAAUAAAGAAUAGAUCGAAUGAGGACUUCUGGGAUACUUUAAAUCGACGUCUGAGAUCUCGGCUGGUAGAAAACCCAAUGAGAUUCUCUCAUGCAAAUGUCAUGAGGCUUUACAGGCAAGCUGAAAUGGAAGAGGCAGGGGGGAAGAUCCUUUGGGACCCUAUGCAUGUGGAUGACUCAUUCUUCCAAGUCAAAAGAUCCUCAGAGUUGUCCCCUCCUGUUUUAAGAGCAUCCUUGACCUUGUCUGAGUCUAGCGAUGGAUCAACUGCCAGUGGGCGCCGCAGCAAAACGGAUGCUAUACUUGGCGCAUCGCCACUUUUUCUACACAAAAGUCAGUCCCAGGAGUCGAAGCUUUUUAAGCGCAGAUUAUCAGUUUUAACAGAAGAUCAACUUAGGAAACAUCUGGUCAGGUUUCUGGCUAAGGAGUCUCAAUCCAAGGCAAAAAAUGUGUCCAGGGAGUAUUUGUAUUGCCAGGCAAAAGUUUCUAGACAAUUGUGUCAUUUGAUAUGGAGCGCUUGUUGUAAUGGAGAUGAGGCUUGUAUAGAAGACUCCCUUCUACCAAACUUACAGACGCCAGCCACAGACAGGGAGUAUGAAUUGUUCCAGUUGUAUGAGAGGUUUUACCUGUCUGCCACAGAUCUAGGGUACCCACUCCCUACAGGUUUUUCCAGCUACUUUACAGCUCUAGGUUUCAAAUGUUUAGAACUUCACUUGUUCUUCCAAUAUGUAGACAACCAUAUUCUUCUACUCACACCUGAGUUCAUUCUUCAGCUUUUGGAGGAUUUACCAGACUCAGUAGAUGAUGAAAUUGUUGAAAUCAAAUAUCAAGUUAUUUCUAGACUACCCCCACCAUUUGCUGCGGAGUGUUUUGAAAGAUGGAACCACCCUCUAAUCAAAGUGGGCAGGGCAAGGGAACAAGUCGCCCAUAUCCUUCUGAGAGCUCCAACACCAACAUCAGAAAGUGAGUUUGUCAGUUUAUCCUCCCAUGAUGCUAACACAGUCUUUACACCUCUGGACACCUUUAUCAAGCACUUGGACAAAGCUGCAUCAAGCAUCAGAUCACCCAGGCCCAUAACAUAUGACAAGAAACUGAUACAAGAGAGCUCACUCCACUACACCAGGACCAAAACACAGCUUGACCUUUCAACUGUCAGCUUUUAAAUCAGCUGGUCUGAUGAGGGAAUUCAGAGUGACUGCCCCUGUUAAGGCACACUGCAAACAUUCCUCUGAUGAGUGAAUUCAGAGUGACGGUCCCUGUUAGGGCAUACUGCAAACAUUCCUCUGAUGAGUGAAUUCAGAGUGACUGCCCUUGUUAGGGCAUACUAAACAUUCCUCCAUCUUUUCUAAGAAUUUAUUUUUGCCCUACAAUUAUUUUUGUACUUAGAUUUAUCAAACAGUUUUAUAUUUUAUACUGUCACAUUGUGAUAAAGGGGAGGUGACAGUGUCAAGGAGAAAAAAACAACAAUGUUUUGAUAUUUAUUUAAAUUAUUUAUUUAUUAUACUGAUGAGACGUUCUCUGGUUAGCAUCAGAAUUAUUUUCAGUUUUGUUUAGAAAUGUUUUGUGUUUCUUAUUAUAAUUUAAUUAGUUAGCAUGUCAACGUCCAGUUCUAUAUUUUUGUUUCAUGUUUUAUUCAUUAGCUAUGACUUGACUCUUAUUAUUAUGGCUACAAUACUUUCUAUCGAGUCAUUUGCGACAUACAUUACUGUCUAUAGAGGCAUGUGCAACAUACAUUACAUUAUGAUUAUAUAGUCAUGGGCUACAUACAUUACAUUCUAUACAGUUAUGGGCUACAUCAUCGCUGCUGUUUCAUAUUGUAGUGUAGUUAUAAUACCCCAUCAUAUGAUGUGGUUCUGACCGCUCAUUAUGCUUUUUUAUAUACCACGCAGGGAUUUAUUCUUUUAAACUUGAGUAUACACACGAGGUCAUAAAGCUUCAAUAGUAAUUAUCUGAUAUUUCAAAGGAAUGAAUGUUUAGGUUUUCUGUAAUUACUCAGUAAACCUAUAACUUGUUACUUUUUAUAAUUUAAUGACACUUGCAUUAUCCGAAUUCCAUUUACUUUUUUGUGUAAAUACACAAAUUUUCUUCCUUAUUUUGCUAAAUAAUAAAAAAAUAAUUUUGAGGUUUUAUUAUUCUUUUUAAUUAAUAAUGAAUUUUUCUUAUUUUGUUAAGAAUUAUCUCCCCUUGACACCACAAACCCGUCAAUAUCUGACCAUCUUCGCUUCUACCUUUUGUUGUAGGUUUUACUCCAUCGUCCCUAGCAAAUAUUUUAUUGCCUGUGGUGUGAAGUGUUUAAGUUCUUGGGGGAAUUUUUAUACCAGUGUCCGAUAAUGGAAUCUUCUUUAAAAAAGGGGGUGUUAGGUUACUGGUAGUUAACUAAAUACACACUUGGCUGGCUAAUGUCAAUGCUAACCCUGUGCUAAACCCUAGUCCUACAAUAC